GGCGGCGCCCAAGAGCGGCUGAGGCGUGCAGCGGAGAAUGGCGCUGGCGGCCCUGGCGGCGGGGGCUUGGCUGGGGCGCCGGCUGACUUGCCUGGGGCCGGGUCGAGGGCACUGGACGGCGGCAGGGCGCUCACGGAGCCGGCGGGAGGCGGCAGAGGCCGAGGCGGCCGCGCCCGUGGUCCAGUACGUGGGCGAGCGCGGGGCCCGCGCCGACCGCGUCUUCGUGUGGGGCUUCAGCUUCUCAGGGGCGCUCGGCGUGCCCACCUUCGUGCUGCCCAGCUCCGGGCCCGAGCCCCGCGCCGGCUCACGGCCGCGUCGCAGGAUCCAGUCUGUGCCCUACCGCCUGGAGCUGGACCAGAAGAUUUCAUCUGCUGCCUGUGGCUAUGGAUUCACACUGCUGUCCUCUAAAACCAAGGACGUGACAAAAGUUUGGGGAAUGGGACUCAACAAAGAUUCUCAGCUUGGAUUUCACAGGAGCCGGAAAGAUCAAACGAGAGGAUAUGAGUAUGUUUUGGAGCCCUCACCCAUCCCACUGCCUCUGGACAGACCUCAGGAGACACAGGUGCUGCAGGUCUCUUGUGGGAGAGCUCACUCUCUCAUCCUGACAGACGGUGAAGGAGUCUUCAGCCUGGGAAACAACUCUUAUGGGCAGUGUGGAAGGAAGGUGGUUGAAAAUGAAAUUUACAGUGAAAGUCACAAAGUCCAUAGAAUGCAGGACUUCGAUGGACAGGUGGUCCAGGUCGCCUGUGGUCAGGACCAUAGUCUCUUCCUAACGGAUAAAGGAAAAGUCUAUUCUUGUGGAUGGGGCGCGGAUGGACAAACAGGUCUGGGUCACUACAGUAUCACCAGUGUGCCCACCAUGCUGGGUGGAGACCUUGCCGGGGUGAACGUUGUCCAGGUCACCACCUACGGUGACUGUUGCCUGGCUGUGUCUGCCGACGGAGGCCUCUUUGGUUGGGGAAACUCUGAGUACCUGCAGCUGGCCUCUGUCACUGACUCCACACAGGUGAACGUCCCCCGGUGCUUACCCUUCUCAGGAGUGGGGAAGGUGAAGCAAGCUGCGUGUGGUGGCACAGGCUGUGCUGUAUUAAAUGGAGACGGACAUGUCUUUGUCUGGGGCUAUGGGAUUCUUGGGAAAGGACCAAACCUAGUGGAAACUGCUCUUCCAGAAAUGAUUCCACCCACUCUCUUCGGCUUGACGGAGUUCAACCCAGAAGUCCAGGUUUCCCGCAUUCGCUGUGGACUCAGCCACUUUGCUGCCCUUACCAGUGACGAUGCCUGGGGAGCCCGUGGAUGUGGCAUGUGGUGUGGAUCACAUGGUGACUCUGGCCAAGUCAUUCAUCUGAAUCUCCUACCUGACCCACUCGAGCCCGGCCCUGGCCUCAGAACCACUUGGACUGCGUAGCAGAGGCAGCCAGCCAGGGCUCUUGAUGGGGGUCAGAGAGGAUCAGGCCCUUCGUAAAGUGUGACGCUGUCUCCUAAAGCCCUCAGCAGGUAUAUGUUAGAAGUCCUGGGACGUGGUCCCUUCUCCAGCUAAGGAUGAGACCUGUGAAUUCAGAACCAGACGGCUGCCUUUAGCAGGUUGAACUCCAGCGAGAUGAGUCCCAGGGCUCUGAGACCCUGGCAGGAUGAGGCUAAUUCACACGUCUGAGCUCUUCCCAGGGAACCUGUGGCAGCUUCUGGUGUCACAUCUCGCCCCAGAAACUGGUCUUAGGAAAGCUUAGCUCUCACAACAUGCCAUUUUAUUUGAUCUUCAAAGGUGACUGGACGGAAUUUAGUGCUCAGGAGGGCUUCUUGUGGCCCCCUCUGACCGCAGCAGAGCUCUCGGUUGGCGUCUAGGCAGGCUGUGUGUGGGCAUCAGGGCAAGCCCCAGCCUAACUGAGGGAGCCAGGCUGGCUUCGGUCUGGGGUUUUCAUUCAGAUCCCCCUGCCCUCUCAGCCAUUUCCUGCCAGCUGCCCAUGGCCAGGUCACUGCUGGGACACGCAGAAAUCCUGGACUGGGGUUCUCCCUGGAAAUGCCAGUGGGCGCCAGCCCAGUACCUCCUGGGCCCAUGGCUGUCACCAGCCUUGUAACCAUUCUCACUGCCUGGCUUGGAAAAGUUGAGAAGCCCCCACAGGAAGAAGAUUGAGGCCAAAUUCUUGUGGGCUGAGGACUCGGAACACAUCCUGCAGAGGCUUGACUGGAGAGCCAGCCUUGAAGAAGAAGGAUUCAGAAUUUGUGAAAAACAUUUGAGUUAGUAAUGUUAACUUGUCUUUUUCUUUAAACAUAUCUUUUAAAAAUCUCUUUUGGAAUAAAGUCUAUUUUCUGCCUUUUUAUUUUUAAGAGCUAAA